AUGGAGGAGUACACAUCAAUGCCCCUCCCCAUUCGCAUACCGACGUCGACACCUGAGCUACCACUACUCCGUACUCGGUUAGUUCUCCUUGUCUUGACGGAGGUAUUCUUCAUCGUAGCCGGGUCGCUGUGUUUGAAGAUCUUCACCAAACACGGUGAUGUACAGGAUCUGAUAAACGAAUCCGUUAUUCCUGGGGUGACCGUAAAGCUGGAAUACAACGAUGUCAAGACCGCGACUAUCGUGCUUUUCAUCGCAACGCAUAUUGCAACGGCCAUCUUAGCCAAGAUCAUUAUCCUCCACUUGCAAGAUAUCUACAACUUCAUCCCCCUCUUCAUCGCCAAGAAACUCCGCAUCGCGAACAAGCGUCUCGCAUCCACGACCCUCGGAUAUCAGGCGCUUGGCCUGAGCGUUAUCAUAGUGUUUAAUGCCGUUUCACUAGGCUUUUUCUCGUUCUUCGUGUUCAAGAGGGAACAGACGGUUAGAGUAGUCGUCGGGGACGAUGUCAACGUGAGGAUACCGGACGGCUAUGGCAUGCAAGUCUUAGACCGGCUAGGAAUUGCGCUCGCAUAUCAUGAUACAUAUUACUGUACGCCGCUCGUCUUCGUGAACUCGUUCUCCUACCCUUUGAACCGUGACGUAUUAAUCGUUCUCAUCAUCGUCUUUAUAGUUGAGAUCACCGCGAAGUUACCUUGGGUUGCUUUGCUGUUUGCAGUUCCUACAACAUUCGUCACCAUCGUCGCCCGCAUCAAACGGCAAGCCAGCCUCACCGACAUCACUCAAUCUUCUUCAUCAGGCCCCGAAAAGGGGGACCCCUUGAAUUCAGGGGUCGAUGAAGGGAAGGCCGAAGGAAACGUCAAGGCCGAGGUUGAAGUCGAAUGCAGAGAAGUUGGAGCAGAGAAGGUCUGA